CAAGCAUCGUGCUCCGUCCACACGUCAAUGACAGGAACACUACAUAUACAAAUAUGCGCUUGGAUAUUGACUGAUACUUGGCUGGCUUGUUUUUUCCUCUCAGUAUCGCCAACGCGCUGUGAAGCUGUGUGUCUGACCUGAAAACAAGCUAAUAACUGAGCUGUGGGCUAUGGAUCCUGAACGACUGAAGCGAAGAGAAGAGAUUCAGAAAGCAAUGAGUUUUAUCCAGUCCUCAUUACCUUUCCCAGAGCCAGAGAGUUAUGAGGCGUUUCUGACCCAGUUGGUGUGUCACUUGCUGGAUGAGGGCAAUUCUUGCUACCGAGAUGGGGACUGGCGUCAGGCGACCCAGCAGUAUGGGGAGGGUAUCAGCGUUGCCCGCUACGCCCAGGCUGAGGCUCUCGUCAUUCCCCAAGAGCUACUCGAGAGCUUGUACAUCAACAGGGCGGCUGCCUUCUACCAGACGAGGGAGUAUGAGCGUGGGGUUCAGGACUGUGACAGUGCACUGUGUGUGUCAGAAAGCAGUCGCAGGGCUUUGUACCGCAAAGCGAUCUGUCUGAGGGAGCUGGGACGACUCAGAGAGGCCUACGAGUGUGGAACCAAAUGUCUCCUCACAGCGCCACAUGACAGGCAGGUGAGCGAGCUGGCUCAGGAUCUGGCCAAUAAACUGGGCCUCAAGGGCCGCAAAGCCUACGUCAGCCCUCAGAUAGAGUCCACGGCCACAGAAGGGGACAGUCAUGGGGAGACUUCUCCACCUACAGGAGAGCUGUCCUCCAAUGGGCUGGAAUCUCUACGUGACAUCGGGCAAACCGACCUGUCCAGCGCCCAGUGCAUCCCCGCGCCUUUGGCCACGCCCAUCCCCGUCAGCGACGACCCCGCGAGCUCACAGGUGACCCCGUGCACCGACCUGUCGGAGAGCCCCAGCAGCCAGGCCCUGCCUCCUAUGCAGUACUCUGUCCCCGUUUCGGAGCACAUGGACGAAUGCGGAAGCAGCGCUAUGAAGGACAAGCUGGACAGUCUGCUGGAUUGCAUCCCCAAGAAAGUCAGUGAGAGUCCAGUCCAGGGUGCUAUCCCCACCAACCUUCCCAACACAGCAGUGGGUCUCCGGCCUCCUUACUCCCCCGGCCUCCCCGCCCCGUCGCCCCAGCUUCCCCCCGCCUACUUCAGCUCCAACAUCAGUGACAUGCCCCCUCUGGAGUCUUACUCGCCGCUAGUCCAGCGGGACCAGGGCUCCACCCAGGCGCAGGACGCACUGGGAGGCUUCUCCACCGGGGCCACAGAUGGAGAAGGGAAGGCAGGAGUCAUCGCUGGCGGGCUGGACUCCUUGUCUGAGUACACUCUCCCUGGGGGACGAGUGUGUCACAGCUUCAUCCCAGGAAUGCGCAACCACAACGCUGCACACGCAAACGGUCCAGCAGGAACCAACCUGUCUCUGCUCUCCAGGAAUCCUCUAGCAGCCACACAUGAGUUUCGGCAAGCCUGUCACGCCUGUUACAGCCGAAUAGGGCCACGAGUGAUGGACUACAAAUAUCAGCCAGAGGCAGCUCAUCGAUGCAAGAGGGAUGUUUUGCUCUGUCGCCUCAAAAACAUAGAUGACCCCACCUGGAAGAGGAUCCGGCCCCGACCUGCACGGAACAACUUCCUUGGGGCAUUUGUACUCUGUAAAGAGGUGCAGGAGCGUCAGGAGUGUCAGUAUGGGGAGAACUGCACGUUUGCCUACUGCCAGGAGGAGAUUGACGUGUGGACCCAGGAGAGGAAGGGCGCGCUGAGCCGGGAGCUGCUGUUCGACCCGCUGGGCAGCACAGAGAGACGCGCGCUCAGCGUCACCAGGCUGCUGCAGCUCCACAUGGGCAUGUUCAUGUUCCUCUGUGAGGAAUGUUUUGACAGUAAGCCUCGCAUCAUCAGCAAACGCAGCAAAGAAAACUUAGCAGUCUGUUCAAACCUCACAGCUCGACACCCCUUCGACGAUAACAAGUGCCUGGUGCACGUGGUGAGGUCAGCCAAUGUGCGCUACAGUAAGGUGCGUCCCCUGCACCCGCUCUGCCAGUUCGACGUGUGCCGCCACGAGGUUCGCUACGGCUGCCAGCGGGAAGACAGCUGCUCCUUCGCACACUCCGUCAUAGAGCUGAAGUGCUGGGUCCUGCAGCAGGACACCGGAAUCACCCAUGAAGAGAUGGUGCAGGAGUCUAAGAGACACUGGCAGAGGCUGGAGCAGAACGCACAGAAGCAGCAGAAGCCCAUCCACAUCUCCCAUCCGAGCAGCAGCGUACAUGCGGGAGGAGUAGGAGGAAUGGGCGGCGGCGGAGGAGGAGGGGGAGACGGUAUCGGCGGGGGAGGGGUCAGCCCCAUGGGAGGGCUCGGGGUGGGAGGGUUGGGAGCUGGGGUGGGAAGGGGGCGUCCGCUCAACCUGAAAAUGAAGUUUGUGUGCGGCCAGUGCUGGAGAGAAGGACAGGUCAACGAACCCGACAAGAACCUCAAGUACUGCACGGCCAAAGCGCGACACAGUUGGACGAAGGAGCGUCGAGUCCUGCUGGUGAAAUCAUUUGAGAAAAAGAAGUGGGUUGUGGUCCGGCCGCUGCCUUUCUCCCGCACCUAUCCGCAGCAAUACGACAUGUGCGUGCAUGUGAUGAAACAGAAGAAGUGCCACUAUAUUGGAAACUGCUCGUUCGCCCACAGUCUGGAGGAGAGGGACGUGUGGACGUACAUGAAGAACAACAGCUUGAGAGACAUGCAACAGAUGUACGAACUGUGGCUGCAGCUCACCAAUCAGAGCAGGCGCACAGACAGCUCGGUGGUGACCCCGCCCCCAGAGGACAAGCAGGUCACCAUAACGGCAGAUUACACGGAGAGCAUGGGAGGCCGGCGGCUGUCUGACGGAGACGACCUCUGAGGGUUGCCGCGUCGACUGGAGGCAGCUGACAGGCGCUGAGCUGCAGAAAGAGAGAGAGAGAGAGAGAGAGACAGGCCUGCCACACCAGCUACAACCGAACAGUCUGUCAUCUUACCAGUCUGACCUCCUCUAGCAUCUAGCCAGCAGUGUGAGAGCAGACGGACACACGACAGAACAGUCGACCCCACAUACACACACACACACACACACACACACGCAUACAAACGCAUACAAACACAUUAACACACAGCAUAUAAUAGGCACAGAUACAAAGAGAAAGCUUUGUUAGUGAACAUACAGGACUUGGCUUCAGCAUCUUGUUUUCUAUCAUCGUGCAGUUACACACAGCAUCUUUAGGUCCCCCCCCCUCCUAAAAUAAUCAAUUAGCGUUACCUAGUGCUAUUGAGAUCGAGCGUCUGUGUCCACCAGGUACCUUCUUUUCUUUUUCUUUCUUUUUUUUAUUAAUACUUGCAGCACUGGAGUAAUUCCCAGACAGACGCGCUGGUCGCGGCUCUUAAAUUUAGCUCGGCAUUAAUUCAAAGCUCGUUCUAACACGGCGCUCUUCUGUUAAAAAAGAAAA